UUACGCAUUCACCUCAGAAUAUGAUUUAACUACAGGCAAAAGUCGUAUUCUUAAUUUAGAAACAAACACUUUCUGUUCAGCUGGGUCUUUCAUCGAAAAAAAAGUGAGGUCUAAUUGUAUUAUGGGCCAUACUAUUAAAUCGGAAGAGCGUCAGACAUUAUGGCCAAACUUAGCCCAGGAUAUUGACUAUGAAAAAAAAUAUAUAUAA